CGCACGGGGGGGCGCACCGCCUCUACCCCGCGGCGAGGGUGUUCUAUGGAGAGGCGGCGGUCGCGGCUGCUGUGGCAGACGCUGAGGCUGUGGCGAUGGCGCCCUUCCCCGAUGAAGUGGACGUCUUCACCGCCCCGCACUGGCGGAUGAAGCAGCUGGUGGGACGCUACUGCGACAAGCUUUCUAAAACCAACUUUUCCAACAACAAUGACUUCCGUGCUCUUCUCCAGUCUUUAUAUGCUACUUUCAAGGAGUUUAAAAUGCAUGAGCAGAUUGAAAAUGAAUACAUUAUUGGUUUACUUCAGCAACGCAGUCAGACCAUUUAUAAUGUACAUUCUGACAAUAAACUCUCUGAGAUGCUUAGUCUCUUUGAAAAGGGGCUGAAGAAUGUUAAGAAUGAAUAUGAACAGUUAAAUUAUGCAAAACAGCUCAAAGAGAGAUUGGAGGCUUUUACAAGAGACUUUCUUCCUCACAUGAAAGAGGAAGAAGAGGUUUUUCAGCCUAUGUUAAUGGAAUAUUUUACCUAUGAAGAGCUUAAAGAUAUCAAAAAGAAAGUGAUUGCACAGCACUGUUCGCAGAAGGACACAGCAGAACUCCUUAGAGGUCUCAGCCUGUGGAAUCAAGCUGAAGAGCGACAGAAAUUUUUCAAAUACUCUGUGGAUGAAAAGUCAGAUACAGAAGCGGAAGUGUCAGAGCACUCCACAGGUAUCACCCAUCUUCCUCCUGAGGUAAUGCUGUCCAUUUUCAGCUACCUUAAUCCUCAAGAAUUGUGUCGGUGCAGUCAAGUCAGUACUAAAUGGUCUCAGCUGGCAAAAACAGGAUCUUUGUGGAAACAUCUUUACCCUGUUCAUUGGGCAAGAGGUGACUGGUACAGUGGUCCUGCCACUGAACUUGAUACUGAGCCUGAUGAGGAAUGGGUGAGAAGCAGGAAAGAUGAAAGUCGUGCUUUUCAAGAAUGGGAUGAAGAUGCCGAUAUAGAUGAAUCUGAAGAGUCUGCAGAGGAAUCAAUUGCUAUCAGCAUUGCACAAAUGGAAAAACGUUUACUCCAUGGCUUAAUUCAUAAUGUUCUGCCAUAUGUUGGUACCUCUGUAAAAACUUUAGUGUUAGCAUACAGCUCUGCAGUCUCCAGCAAAAUGGUGAGACAGAUUUUAGAGCUUUGUCCUAACCUGGAACAUCUGGAUCUUACCCAGACUGACAUUUCCGAUUCUGCAUUUGACAGUUGGUCUUGGCUUGGUUGCUGCCAGAGUCUUCGGCAUCUUGAUCUGUCUGGAUGUGAAAAAAUCACAGACAUGGCUCUAGAGAAGAUUUCUAGAGCUCUUGGAGUUCUGACAUCUCAUCAGAGCGGCUUUUUGAAAAGUGCAGGCAAGGCUUCUACUCCAUGGACAGAUAAAGACAAUACCACACAGUCCACCAAGCAGUAUGCCUGUUUGCACAGUUUAGCUGACAAAGGCGUUGGUGAAGAAAUAGACAGUGAACAUACUUGGACUACACCAGUGUCUUCGGAAAGCUUCGCGGCUCCGCACGUGUGGGUGCUGGAUGCUGAAGACUUGGCUGACAUUGAAGAUGCUGUAGAAUGGAGGCACAGAAACGUUGAAAGUCUCUGUGUGAUGGAAACAGCCUCCAACUUUGGCUGUUCAUCAUCUGGUUGUUACAGUAAGGACAUCGUGGGCUUAAGGACUAGUGUCUGUUGGCAGCAGCAUUGUGCUUCUCCAGCCUUUGCAUAUUGUGGCCAUUCAUUCUGUUGCACAGGGACAGCUCUAAGAACUAUGUCUACACUCCCAGCAACUUCUGCAACAUGUAGAAAAGCAUUAAGGACUACAUUGCCCAGGGGAAAAGACUUAAUUUAUUUUGGGAAUGAAAAGUCUGACCAAGAGACUGGACGAGUACUUUUGUUCCUCAGCCUGUCUGGAUGUUAUCAGAUCACAGACCAUGGUCUCAGGGUUUUGACUCUGGGAGGCGGGCUGCCUUACUUGGAGCACCUUAACCUCUCUGGCUGCCUGACUGUAACUGGUGCAGGCCUGCAGGAUUUGGUCUCAGCAUGUCCUUCCCUAAAUGAUGAAUACUUUUACUACUGUGACAACAUUAACGGUCCUCAUGCUGACACCGCCAGUGGAUGCCAGAAUUUGCAGUGUGGUUUUCGAGCCUGCUGCCGCUCUGGUGAAUGACCCUUGACUCCUGACCUUUGUCUACUUCAUUUAGCUGAGCAGGCUUCCUUUCAUGCACUUUACUUAUAGCACAUGUCUUGUGUUAACAACCCCAUUUGGGUGUGUCUUGUGUUGGCCCCAUUUCUUACAGUUUCAGAAAUUUAAUUUAGCAGUGAACUGUACAGUAUUGUUUUUUUCUUUCAAAUAUAUUUUUGUUUUAGAAAAGGAUUAGGUUUUCUUGU